AUGCGUUUUGCGAUUGUUGCUGCCGGAGCCGUGGUCCUUGGUGCUACAGUCGCUGAAGCCCGGUCCGUUGCAUCCAGCCCUAGACGUCAUGUGGAGAGAGUGAUGAAACGGUCGAAUGCUCACGAGACUAGAGUUGAGAUCGAACGCAUAAACUUCACACCUUCCCGAUUAUCCAAGAGAUCAAAACUUGCGGACGAAGACUGGACCAAUACAGCCUCUUCUGAUGAGACCGAUUCAACACAUGACAUCGAUUCAUCCUUACACGUGGCUGCGAGUGAUCACAAAAAUAACAAAAUACACAGCAAGCAUCGCAAAGACCGUGUUACAUCAUCGCAACGAGCUAGAACCGUGGUCUCCAACCCAUCAGACGCGUUGCCCAACAAUGUUGUAUGGACGAUAGAAAAGAAAAAGGAUGAAGAAUCAUCCAAAUCAGGCGCGUCUCAAUUCACAAUCACGCCGAUUCUCCCCGGAGGAAAGUCAACGAAAGAAAGAAAAGCAGCGCAAGCGCCCGAGCCAUCGAUAACAGGAGCUGAAUACAUGAUCAUACCCGUCAACCCUAUCCAACCGACCGCCGGUGCAUUGCCAGCCGCGUCUCCCAUUACAGAACUACUCGAACACGCAGAUCCAAUGACCGCUCAAGCAAACGACUUAUCGUCUACCACUACUCUUCUCCGAGCCAUCGAAAACUAUCGGGAGGCAGUGGCCGAACAAGCCGCUGAUUCCGAGAAAACCGCCGUCAAAGCAGAUCUUCCGCUUCUUUCUAACCAGAAAUCCCGAGCUUCGAAACACAAGUCGAGCAAGUCGACCAAAGCAUCGCAAAAGGAUGAAGACAACUGCGACUCUGAAUCGGAAAAUACUUCUUCAGACUUCGACGCCACACCUACAGACUUCAGAACAGUCCAGACAGAUGAUGUCGCACAAUAG